AUGCCGGUUCUCGAGGAAUUCUGGAGUGGUUUCGUUAGCUACGCCACUGAGUUUCUUUGCCGUCGCGAGAGUGGAAAAGGGGGAAAAACAGGGAAUGAAGGUGGCCUUGGGGGGGGGGGAUGCUUUUCCUUCACUUUGUCGAACGUUCCUCUUGUACUUAGCCCCGACGUAGGCGAUAACAGCGAUGAGAAGAAGAGGAGCGCGUCAACGCCGGGCUGCCUUGAUGCGAUAACGUUGGAUUUGAUGUGGAUUACCGCGUACAUCGUAGGACUUUGUUUCAUAGCGAUCUUCGUCGACGUUCUGGUAAUCUUGUCCACCGGAAUCCUUCUGUGGAAGACUGAUUGGAUAGAUGAAUGAUUGCAAGGUAAUCUUAGCCACGCCGCUGUUCGUUAGAAAAUGUCUGUCUUCAUUUAGUCGACGUGUACAAAAAUUGUCCUCAUUUUCCAACGAAUCAUUUCGAAUUAAUUAAUGCGUGAUGUAAAUAUAAAUUGUACCAUUGUAAUUAUUAUGUGACAAUAAUUAAUAUUAAUUACAAUAUAAUAGUUAUACAUACUAUAA